UGAAAAGCAAAAUUGCAUUGAGUUAACCGUCUCAUUAGUUGUCUCUGCUUGCACCGUAUAGUAAUCAAAGUAUGUGCUGGAUUUUUAUUAGUUUGUCAUAAACGUCAUUUUAACAGCGUUUUGUCAAUAAUUAUAAAAAUUAUCAACCAAUGUCUCACAGAUGCGAGCUCCACGACGAAAAAGAACGCAAAAAUUCAUUUCUACGUCCUUAUGCCGCUUCAAAAUUCAAAUCAAGAUUAUUAUCAUGCCUGAUGAUAUCAGAGAAGAAUCGCUACUGCGCUCUAUACUUCAAAAGCGAAGAAUCGAUUAUAAAAGAAAAAAUACGCCAUAUAGAAUCAGGUUACACCUAUAUUAUCCAUCCUUUAAGCGUUUUUAACGAAUGGUACGAAUUUUGGUUGUUGUUUUAUUAUUUAUUAGCCAUUUCGAUUAAGCUGCUAGAUUCUGGAGUAAGAGAUCCUGAUACUAUGUGUACAGACACAAAAAAAACUAUUUUCGAUGAUGCUGAUAAAACGUUUAUCAUCUACGUUGUAUUUUCUACAGUAAUGGAUGUUUUAAAUUGGAUCGACAUUGCUGUUAGUUUUUUAACAGGAUAUAUGAACGAACAUACAGGAUUGGUUGAAUUGAAUCCUGGAAAAAUAGCCAAGAACUACAUGAAAGGUCUGUUUUUUAUCACAAGCGUAUUAACAGCUUGUCCAAGGUUUCUAUUUUAUGCGUUUUAUGAUCAGCCACCUAUGAUACUAUUAGGAAUACAAGUUUCAUUGUCUCUACUAAGAGGAUUGAGGAUAAUUUCUGUAAUGACACUGUCUAAAAGGUUUUUACCAAGCAAUUCAAUUGUAGCUAUGAUUAUAAUACGUUGGAGCAUAUUAUUCGCUUUUGUGGUACACAUGAGUACUAUGAUUCACCUCACAGUACGUCGAGUAUUUAGAUUUUACUUUGGAUUAGGAAUAUGUCGUAAUAUAUUACAAAUCGAACACAUGCAGCUGUACGAGGUAUAUCCAAGAUAUAUGUUCGGAGCUUCUGCUUUCCUUUUAUCCAUAGCUCUUCCUAAUGAAUUUUUAAAACAAAUAAACACCUCAGAAGGGUAUGUACUAGCCAUACUUAGUUACAUUACUGGAAAAAUCUUCGUCGCAGGAACUUGGGUUGUUACUGUUUCUAUAUGUUUAACCCACAAUUCUCUCAGAAUAAAAUACCAGAAUCUAAUGAAACAAAUCGAGGAGUAUAUGCUUCAAAAAAAUUUACCUAUACCGUUAAGAAAACGAAUACAGGAGUAUUACUAUUUUAAAUACCAUGGAAAAUACUUCAAAGAAGACGCUUUGAGCUUUCUACUAUCAAACCCUUUAAAAAAAGAAAUCAAUUUGCAUGUAUGUAAAACUCUUAUAGCAAAAGUUGACAUUUUAAGACAUCUAGAAACUCAUAAAGUCAGCAAGUUAGUUGAAUAUCUAAUACCAGAAAUAUACUUACCACAAGAUAUUAUUAUACAAUCUGGUAGUGUACAAGAUUCUUUAUUCUUCAUAUCCAGCGGUACAGUCGCUGUAUAUACUCAUUCAGGAAAAGAGGUCUGUCAUCUUCAAGAUGGAAGAUAUUUCGGUGAAAUCGAUUUGAUACUCAAGAAAGAACAAAAGUGCAUCACUACCGUGAUCGCUGUGGAAAUAUGUCAAAUUUAUCGUUUGAGAAAGGUUGAUUUUGAAAAAACUUUGCUGUCGCAAAGAAAAGUUAUGCGAGAAAUUAUAACGUAUGCCGAAAGUCAAUUGGAAUAUAUUACGAUGGAAGAAAAGAAGUAUAAAGAACAGUUGUUUGAGAAGACUUAUACUGCUCCAUAAUUAUUAAUAUAAUUAUAGACUUUAUAUGUCUGAAAAAAUGGUUAAUGUGUUAAUUAUUUAUGUACUUUACAAAUGUUUUGUUCUAUACAAUUUCUGUACAGUUUUAACGUAGAAAAUUGUAUAUUUUGGAAAAUAAAAUUUUUCUGCUU